CUCAACGACGCAAGCAUGGAUGCAAGAAACGCCGAUCUCUUCGUAUUUCAGGAGAACGAGAAUAAAAGGACAUUCGUGAGUAGAAUGAGGAGAGCGAAGCCUAGUUUCGGAAUUCAGGGUCAGGAACGGCGCGGAGGAGCAGGUAGGCUGGCAUCGCGCGUCCGCUCUCUCGCGAGGCCGCCGCGUUGGGCACCGCCUCAGUGUGCCCGCAACCUCCGCGCAGGGAACUCCUCCACGCCGCCUCCAGCGCCUCCACCACCGCCGCAGCCGCAGCCGCAGAGAUGCCCAAGCCCAAGGAGGAAAUUGACGACGGCCUCCGACAGCCUCCUGAGAAGAUCACGCACAGCUUCAACGAGGAGUUCUUCGCUAUGGCGGCGCUGUGCCUCGCCUCCGCCUUCGCCUUCUUCUGCUGCCCGAUCUUCAUGGAGCGACCGCAGCAGUAAAGCGUCGCUCGCGUUCCCGUACCUGUGAUACAGCAUGUGCCCGCUCGACCAGCUGCCUUUGGAGGAGGGCAAGGAAGUCUCACCGCGCGCCGUGGCCUGAAGGAGGCAACAACACAGCUGCAAUUGCAAUGUAACAUCAUCUCAUCACAAGGUGGGGGGGGGGAUCGCCAGAGGUUUCCCGGAAGUCAUAUAACAAGGGGCCAAAAAAAAUGAAGGAAAAAUUUGGUGAAGCAGUCAUGUUGUUAAGGAAACUCUGGUACUCUACAAGGAAAGGCAUUGUAUAUACCAAUCAGGAGACGGCGAUUAACCCACUGCAAGAAAACUGACAUCACCAAAAACAUUCAAAGAUUAACAGGGAGUUAGGAAAUCAAACCAACUUUAUAUAUAAAAGAAAUGUAUCUUAACAUGCACACAUCCCUCAUAAAGUGUCUAUUCUGUGGAUCAACGAUUGUUCAGAGUAGAAAGGAGGUUUUACAGAAAACUUUAUUUCCACAUCGAAUCCAGGUGUUUCAAAGGUUAGCCAGUGUUUGUCUAUAAGCUUUAAUGUAACCCUAUAACAUGGUGUGAAUGAUAGUGUCAUUGUUACCAUGAUUAUUUUUCUUCUUUCUUUCCCUCAUAGUAUCAUGUUAGAUUUUUUUUUUUGUUAAGUGUGUGAAGGUAUGUCUGUUCAUCCUAUAUCACUUUAUUUGUUGUUUUUAAUAAAUGUUAAGAGUAUUGAA